AUGGCGGUAAGAAGUUUGCCAGGUUACGAGGAAACGUACUCGAUAUCGCAGUUGUCACCAAAAUCAGUCGCCGACGACAGGCUAAACUUAAACGUAUUAUUAAAAACGAGUGAUGCGAACCUAGCUUUUAAUUUAGAACCUAGUGCCAAGUAUGAUGACAUCGAACAAACUCCAGAGAAUAUCAUCUCAGAUCAGGAAACAGAAAGUCACGUGAUCGUUGAAAGAUCAGUGGAACCUGGUCGAGGUUCAAGAUCCAUCAAUGUUGAUGAAAUACCAUCAUCAAACAACAAUGAAAUAGAUAAUGUUAUAGAACUGCACAAUAAAAGGAAGUAUUACGAUAUAGAUCCAACGAAAACUGUAGAGUACUAUGUGAAUGAUGAAGCAAUGCUCAUGUCUACUGGCUUCGGAGAUAAGUUAGACUUUAAGUUUCCGGGGGAAGGGAAGAGGGCUCCGAAGGGGCGUGCACUAGCACCGUCGGAGCCCAAAAUCCGGUCCACUGCAGUGCUGCCGCCGACUUUCGCGACCAUCAACCCUAGAGACCAGGGACGCCAGAAUUCAGAAAUUCAUAAUAUCAUAACUGGAAUUGUUAAGUUGUUAAAUGGUAAUGUCAAUGUACAGGCUAACACUCAGCUAUUGAAUGGCAGACCCCGUCCUAUGGCGUCCAGAAUCAACAAUCGUGGACCGCCACGAAUUUCCGACGUUCAACCUGUUCUAGAUUUCGACAAACCUAUCACCUCACCACCGAUUUACCAUCCUACUAAAAUACCACCCCCGUAUCCCUUCGAUAGACCUCAUGGUGUCAAUUUACCUGAGCAAAUUGUUCCACCGAUGAAUAACAGGCCAGGGUUCCAUCGACCCAUGCCGCCCUGGCAGAGGCCAAGGCCGAGGCCACCGAAUCGUAGGCCGAAUCCUGGUCUUCCUGUAUACAAACCUACACUAAUUCCACCACCCGACAUACCAGACUUUGAUGACAAACCAGAUGAAAACGAAUCUCAUUCAGAAAACAACAUUCAUCACGACAACACACCCUACAUAACACCUGAGACUACAACGGAAACAAGAAAUGUCACUGAAGAUGAUAAAGAAAUACAAUUGACAACAGUUGACACAACAACUCCAAAUAUCACUACAACAGAAUCAACUACAACGGAAUCAACAACGACAUCUACAACAACGACGUCAACAACGACAACGACAGAGAAACCAACAGAGGCAACAACACAAAAAGUGACAACAGAGAAAGUAAAGACCGAGAAACCUAUGAAACCUGAAAAGAAAAAGGAACAAUUUGCAGACAAGAACAGAGAUAAAUAUAAAGUUGUUGAUGAGAAAACAACAGAACGGCCAGUUAAAAACGAUAUAUCUGUACAACCAGUGAUAGAAUCAUCAAUAACAGAAGUAUCAACGUCAACAACAGUCUCCAUUGAUGCUCCAACACCAACGACUGGUCUGAUCAGUCACGCGCCAACUAUCACUGAAAAAGCUAGUAUUAAUACUGAAAUAAAAACCACUUCGAUAAAUACAGAACCUGCGCCGCCGACACGGCACAUGCACCAUUAUCAGUACCGACCCCGUCCGGGCAUAGUCCUAGACGAUACAGACUUCAAACCCCACGGAACUAGAUACAGACCGGAUGCCCCAGUGAUAACCGCCGCGGAAACAGCGUUACCUGGAUAUGGAGAGAUAUUUGACGUUACUGUAUCAGCUAUUCAAGGUCCCGGGGAGAAACCGGCUUCUGUUCACGUCGAAAACAUAAACAUACACCGCGACCACGACAUCAUCGUGUCGGCAUCUGGGGAACACGGUUUCGUCUCCAUCGAUGGGAAAAGGACAUACCUCAAUCUGUUCGACACUUCCACCCACAUGGAACCCACCAUUGCACCGACGAGGGUUCAAACACCGCACCAUACUGCCGCACCCCCAACUCUGGGUCCAGCGAUGGGCACAGGAGUGGCAAUACCAGCAGAUGACGUCCAAAUACCACCACGAAGACCACAAAUACCACAUCGGCAGCAGCCGUACCGAAGACCUCAACCUACUGUCAGGAUUGACACCUGCAUUGUAGGCGAUGACUCGACCUGUGACCAGGCUCAGAACGAGAUGUGCAGAACUGAAGCAGGUAUAUCGAGCUGUCAGUGCCGGCCGGGGUACGCGAGGCGAAUACACCGCGACCCUUGCCGAAGGGCUGUCUCCCUGGUGCUCAACCUGAGGGUUGACAGGUUCUACGACAGAAAGGUCGCGUGGGAUGCUAAGUUAGCUGACAGAGAUUCCGACCCAUAUCAGCAGAUGAGCUACGAAGCCGUCCGAGCGAUCGAUUCAGCCUUCUCAAUGACUCCGUAUACGGACGACUUCAUCAGCGGCUCCGUUAAUUCCAUACACAAAGGGGACGAGAAGAACCAUGGAGUUUUCGUCAAUUAUACUAUUUUGAUGCAAGAAACAGCAGAGACGGCCCGGCCGUCAUCUGCAGGAGAUAUGCAGCGUCACUUGUUGGGCGUUAUCUCGAGGCGCGGUAACAACAUCGGCCACUCGGCGCUGUGGGUCGACCAGCCACUGGGCAGCGUGUUGCCGCUAUCUGAUCUCGACGAGUGCUCUUCCCCUGAUCUGAACGAUUGUCACAAGUUGGCUAUCUGUACGAACACGUGGGGAGCGUUCAAGUGCGCGUGCCCCGAUACGACCUUGGACGCGGCGGCGGCCGGUGGGAUGGCGGGCGAGGCUCGCAGCGGACGUUCGUGCCGCGCCUGCAGCCCGCAGCACUGCAGCGAACGAGGCGUUUGCCGCUACAGCCGCGGACAGCCCACUUGCACCUGCUCGGCCGGCUACUACGGCUCGUCGUGCGAGGUGGACGGCGAGGUGGUGGGCGUGUCGGUCGGCGCCUCGCUCGCCGCCGCGCUCGUCAUCGCGCUCACGCUCGCCGCGCUGCUCUCCUGGAGCCGCAAAUGGUCCCGAGAACAGAAAGUGGGCGUGGGGUCACCCGUUUUCAACUAUAUGGCAGCGAAUACGGUGAAAAUCCCACCGGUGGGCCAACCGCCAUACCAGGUGACAUUGGAAGAGAGGAUGCAAUGGGCACAAAUGGCAGAAGCGAUGGCGCAAGCGAGUCACUAUCAACCGGACGCAAUGCAAACGAUGGCUACCCGGCCAUCAUCGGCCAUGUUCGGCGGGUAUCCAACCCUGCCUCCCGUGCCUCUACCCAGAUUGGGUCUUCACGCUGGUCACCUCACGGGAACACUGAAUACUGUAAACUCGCGCGCCAACACAUCGACGCACCACGGAUUAUAUGGUUACACAAACCACAUGGCGACGGACUCGACCAGCUCGGAAGCUUCCAGUCACGUUCAAGACCGAGCCGAUCUUUUGGUUCCCAGACCUAAGUCUAGAGCGAGGAGUAUGCAUAACCAAACUGGAAUAUAUUACGACGUCGAAUACGAGAACGCCGAACCAAUAUACGGGACCAAAGGGAUUCCCUUAUCAACAUACACAGUGAGCCGAGGACCACCGUUCUAUAGAUCUUAAUCAAUGAGCAAAAUUAUUAAAUAGUAAGUUACAAAAAAGACGAAAACAUUAUAACCUAGUUUUACAGUGGACGAAAAACAC